AUGGACAUCUGCUUAUCCAACGACAACGCUUCGGAGGAGGCGACGGCUAGUCUUGAACAUGGCUCCAACCACCUCUCGGUCAAGGGCAUCCACCGUCGCAGCCACAGAUCAAGCGACGCGAGCAGCGGUCGCUCUUUGGGAACGGCCAUCGGCCGCGACGAAGAUGAAUUGCAUUCUACUUAUGGCGCUAAUACAGACGAAGAGGACCUCGAGUCCGACCCCCAGGUGCCGAGAGUGGGGAUGGAGUUCGAUUCGGAAGUGGCCGUGUAUAAUUUUUACAGCAGCUACGCUAAACAAACCGGUUUCAACGUGAGAAGGGGAAAAGCAGAAUACUCUGGAUCCGCCAAGGGCGUCGUCAGGGCGAAGUCCUUCUUAUGCUCUUGCGGAGGCCACAAGUCCAAAGAGCAGAUCGCCAACGCGAUGUGGUACAAAAGACGGGACGCGAGAACAGGUUGUGACGCUAAGAUCGAAUGCGCGGUCAAUGAUGGAACGUGGAAGAUCUCCGAGGUAGUUCUCGAGCAUAAUCACGUUACGACGGCUCUUUCGACGGGCAGGAUUGCUUACCAAGUUAGGGCGGUCGGAGAGCGGGCUCUUGAUUCCGACGCGGACCCCACAUGGGAGGAUCGCCCAAGACCCGCGCCUGAGGAGACUCAGGACUUGAUUGAUCACUUCAGGCGUCUGGCGAGGUUAGAUUGUUGUUCCUGUUACUCGUUGCGAGUGGCGGAGGCACGCGGCAUGGAGAAUUUUUUCUGGAGAGAUAGCCGGUCCAAGGUCGAUUAUGAGCAUUUUAGCGAUCUUCUAGUCCUGGACACAAGAACUUGGAUCAGCAAGUAUGGCAUGAUAUUUGCAAUGUUUUGGGGACUCAAUCAUCAUCGGAAGCCCACCAUAUUCGGACACGGUCUCUUGGUCGAUCGAACGGUGGGUUCAUUUCAUUGGUUGCUCGAUACUUUCCUUCAAUCCAUGAACUGGCGGAAACCACAGACAAUCAUUACUGAAGUCGGCGAAGAAAUCGCCGAAGCCGUCUCUCUUGUGUUGCCAGAGACUCGCCAUUGUCUGCCCGCUUGGUCUGUCUUGAACAGUUUCCGGAAGUACCUGUCUCCUUUGAGUGACCAACUCGACGUUGUCGAGCUCUUCAGGAAGUGCGUGUUCCUCCGCUCGCGAGAAGAAUUCGAGUCGAAGUGGAAUUCGUUUAUAGGAAAGUACAAGCUGCGGGACAACUCGUGGCUUGCUUCUUUGUAUAAAAUGCACGAGAAAUGGUCUCAUGCGUUCACGAAGAACGUCUUCUCUGUCGGCCUACUCUCCAUACAAAACGUCGAGGACGCUGGGAGUCUCUCCAAGAUCAACGUCUUCUCUGUCGGCCUACUCUCCAUACAAAACGUUGAGGACGCUGGGAGUCUCUCCUCCGAGACCAUGACGCUAACCGAAAUUGCAUGGCGGUCUGAACAGGUGGCCAAGGAGGUGCGCGCAGAAGAAUUUCGCGAUGACAUGCUCUGCGAGAAAAACACGGUGAAUUUGAAAACCAGGAAUCCGACGGAGAAAGAAGCUGGACGACUCUAUACUCCAAGGAUGUUCGAGAUGUUCCAAAAGGAGUUCAUCAAUUGCCUAGGGCUGGCAAUGGAAGAAAUUAAGUGCUCGGAGACUCUCCGCAUGUUCCAGUUGACAGAAGCAGGCGAUACAAAGACACAUACCGCCAGCAGCAGACAGAUCGUCGAGUAUGAUUCUUCGGAUUCGACAUUGGCAUGUAGCUGUGGGAAGUUCGAGUCGGUCGGUAUUUUAUGUGAUCAUGUCUUCAGAGUACUCAACUUCACGAAUGUCGUCUGCGAGAUACCGCCUCGCUACUUCUUGAAACGAUGGACAAAAUCUGCCAAAGACAGCGUGCCCGUGCCCGUGCCCACCCCCAGCGCAGCUGCGCGUGACAAAGGUCCGGUUGACUCGUUUACGGGCGAGUUCGUGCGAAAGGCUUUGCAUGUGGCCCAUAUGUCUGUAAAUAAGAAAAGGGAGAGAAUAGCUACGAGCUUCAUAGACUCGGCAGUGGAGCACAUUGCAAAGGUGCUGAAAACGGAAGAAGUGGCAGCUGCUCUUGACCAUCCAGACGUUACGGAUGAUAAGGAUCGGACUAUUUGUGAGUAUGCCCUCGAAACACAACUCGACCAAGAGAAUGCAGCUAAACCUGGGAUGGGAUGUCCGAGAGUGAAACGCAAGGUUGAAUUCAGCUCUCGACCAGCGGGGAAACGGGUUAGUCUCUUCCUCACCGCACUUCCACAUUAG